UUCAAAAUUUACGGGCAAGUAACUGUUUUCACGGGGAAGGUGGUUGCGGUAGUUUUUUAAUACUGUGACGAGGACUGUGGGUCUUCCAAGAACUGUCCCUUGGAAUUUAAUUUUUUUAAUUUCCCCCUCCCGCCGUCCCCGUGGACGGGAGUGAAACCCUAAUUUAUACCCAACACUGAUUUUAAUUAUUUUAUUUAAAGGACAAUUUAACACUCUGUCCAGAAAUCCCUCCAAAUCUAAAAGGCAAAAUAGAUGUAGAUAUGCGUUCUCUAAAGUUAAAAGAAAUUGAGGAAGAAUAUAAAGAUUUGUGGCCUGGUGGGCAUUGGAGACCUAAAGAAUGUAAAUCCAGGCAGAAAGUUGCUAUUGUUGUGCCUUAUAGAUGCCUUCUUUUCGACAAUAAAAUUAAUAAAAUCCCUGUUAAACACCUUAAAUAA